AAUUCCAAAAAUACCCCCCAACAUGCCCGAAAAUCCAGCAGCAGAUAAGCAGCAGGUGCUGCAGAUCCUGGAUCGGCUGCAGGCAAAACUGCAGGAGAAAAGGGAUUCCCAACACCAGGAAAACCUGGCUGUCCUACAGAACACCCUCAGGAGCCCCUUGUUCAACCAGAUUCUGACUCUCCAGCAAUCCAUCAAGCAGCUGAAGGAGCAACUCAGUUACAUGCCUCCUGACCGCUCAGUAGAUUUUGAUUUUACCAAGAGGGGGCUGUUGGUGUUUGCUGACAAAUCAGUCAAUGCUUGGACACCUUGCAGUGGACCCAAAGCAUCAGCCUUCACUCCAAACCUGGGAGUCAAUGAAUUUAACAUGAUCAUCCAGCAAAUGGCAAAGGGAAGACAAAUAGAAUCAAUAACGAUUGAUAAACCUUCUGUUGGAGGUCUUGGAUUUAGUGUGGUUGCCCUUAAAAAUCCCAGCCUGGGAGAAGUUGGUAUCUUUGUCAAGGAAGUCCAGCCAGGAAGCAUAGCUGACAGGGAUCAAAGACUGAGGGAAAAUGACCACAUACUGGCCAUUAAUUGCACGCCAUUGGAUCAGAACAUUUCCCAUCAGCACGCCAUUGCCCUCCUCCAGCAAUCCACAGGAUCCCUGCAUCUGGUGGUGGCUCGGGAGCCACUUCAAGGGAACAGCAGAACUGCCUUAUUAAGUGAUGUAAAUCCACCUGAGACUAUUCACUGGGGCCACGUUGAAGACGUUGAGCUGAUUAACGAUGGUUCAGGAUUAGGCUUUGGAAUUGUAGGAGGAAAGUCGAGUGGAGUAGUUGUAAGAACAAUUGUUCCUGGGGGAUUAGCAGAUCGGGACGGGAGGCUGCAGACAGGAGAUCACAUCUUGCAGAUUGGAGGGACCAACGUGCAGGGAAUGACCAGUGAGCAAGUUGCCCAAGUGCUGAGGAACUGUGGGAAUUCUGUCAGGAUGAUCGUUGCAAGGGACCCCAAGUGUGAAGCCAUGGAGGCUCCACCAGCUCCUGCAAGCUGGCCAGUCAGCACAUUACCUUCCCUUCCAAAUGAAAAUGAUAAUGACAACUUUUUUGAUACCUAUGAUGUUGAACUUAUAAAAAAGAAUGGGCAAAGCCUGGGAAUAACAAUUGUUGGAUAUGCUGGCACAUGUGAUAUAGAACCUUCAGGGAUUUUUGUGAAAAAUAUAAUACCUGGUAGUGCUGCUGACCACAAUGGCCAAAUUCAUGUUCAUGACAAAAUUGUUGCUGUUGAUGGAGUCAACAUACAGGAUUUUACCAACCAAGAAGUGGUAGAGGCACUGCGAAACACGGGACAGACUGUACGUCUCACCUUGCUUAGAAGGAAACCUUCCUUUACUAUCUCUUCAGAAACACCUUCAGAUAGAGCACAGCCAACUGUUCCAAUCUUUGUGUCCCCUGGAGCUGUAGGGACUGAAAUUAUUAGUGUGGCCACUAAGAAUGAGGGAAAUCAAGAACAGAAGGAUAAUCUUCACAAUGGAAAGAAAGACAUGGUACAUAUGUCAGGAAGAGUCCCACUCGCUCCAGCACAUGAGCUGAAAUCCAAGUGGGAAAACCUGCUGGGACCAGAAUAUGAAGUUAUGGUUGUGAAUCUGGAUAUGCCCUUCAAAGACGAUUCAGAGCUCCAGAAGUACUCAAAGCUGUUACCCAUCCACACUCUGAGAUUAGGAGUUGAGCUGGACACUUUUGAUGGACAUCAUUAUAUAUCAUCCAUUGCUUCAGAUAGCCCAGCUGCAACCCUUGGACUUCUGCAACUGGAGGAUGAACUUCUGGAGGUAAAUGGGGUGCAGCUGUAUGGAAAAUCCCGACGUGAGGCUGUCACCUUCCUCAAGGAAGUGCCACCCCCUUUCACCCUGGUGUGCUGCCGGCGGCUCUUCGGUGACGGCACCGAGUCUUUCGUGGACGAGCCCCCCGUGGCAGUUCCCCCUCCAGAGCAGAAGGUGAAACCUGAGGAAGACUUUAAUCCUGAGGAGGAAGAAGGGGAAUUGGCAUUAUGGUCUCCUGAUGUGAAGGUUAUUGAGCUGGAGAAAGACAAAAAUGGUUUAGGAUUCAGCAUUUUAGACUAUCAGGAUCCCUUGGAUCCAGCAGGAACAGCCAUCGUGAUCAGCUCCCUGGUGGCAGGUGGAGUGGCCGAGCGCGGGGGGCAGAUUUUGCCGGGUGACCGCUUGGUGUUCGUCAACGAGAAACACUUGGACGGUGCCACCUUGGCAGAGGCAGUGGAAGUGCUGAAAUCUGUGCCCCCAGGUACAGUUUCCCUUGGAAUCUGCAAGCCUUUAGUGGAAGAAAGCAGAGAGGAGGAGAACAUGCACGGUGUGGAAACCAGCAGCAUCAAAAGCAGCCCUGGAUCUCCAGAACCAAUAGAUAACACAAAUUUCCCAAUAAUACUUGAAGCACCACAGGGUUUCAGAGAUGAGGUACCUUUUAAAGAGGAACUCGUUGAUGAGCCACAUUUGGACUUGGGAAGGUCAUUUCAGCUUUCUCAGAAGGAUGAUGAGUAUGGGAAGGAGUCCUGGGAGAUGUGUGAAUUUCUGAAGCCCAGAGCAGAGGACGUGGAGGAGGAACGGGAAAUGUUGGUGGAUGAGGAGUAUGAAGAGGAUUCAGACUUCCUGAAAUGUGCUGAUGCAUCAGGUGGAGAGAAGGCAGCUUCAGACUGGAACCUGGAUACAGAACAAUGGGCAAAGCAACUGGAGACUGCUGAAAAACAAGAUUUAAGACACAGUGUUAGCCUAAGUCCCAGAGAGUCCCUGGAAUAUCCAUUCAGUAAAGAUCAGAUGUGUGAAGAGAAUGCUGCUAUAAGAUCACACUUUUCUGGAAACACUGCACACAGCAGCUACCAAAAAGACAUAUUUGAUACAGAAACUACCCCGUCAGAAGUGAAAAGUGAGAUGGAUUUAGGGACAAAGCUUCAGAGAGACUCCAAAGGACCUGAGCUUGCUGUUGAUUCAGAAGCAAUUGGAAAGAAAACACUAAAAGAGGAGAAAUAUGUUUUUCCCAAGAACCAGGAGAACUCUGGGAGAGUAACAACCUUAGCUCAGGCUAGAACAACAUCAGGCAGUGAAUUACCUGAGAGGGAAGAAGGAGAAGGAGAAGAAACUCCAAACUUCAGCCACUGGGGACCACCACGGACUGUUGAGAUCUUCAGAGACCCUCACGUGUCUCUUGGAAUCAGCAUUGUUGGUGGACAAACUGUCAUAAAGCGCCUGAAGAAUGGAGAAGAACUUAAAGGGAUCUUUAUCAAACAAGUUUUGGAAGACAGCCCAGCAGGAAGAACAAGAGCUUUAAAAACUGGAGAUAAAAUACUUGAGGUUUCUGGGGUAGACCUACAAAAUGCCACCCACGAGGAAGCAGUAGAAGCCAUCAAGAAUGCAGGAAAUCCUGUGGUGUUUGUAGUCCAGGGUUUGACUAAUGUACCAAAAGUGGUUUCUCCUGCCCAGCCUAAGGGAAUCAAAGUCAGCAAAGAUCAGGAUGCAGACAAAGAAAAUAAGAGUGAUAAGAGAAAAUAUGGGGCUCCACCUCCCAUGAAGCUGCCACCUCCUUACAGAGCACUCGAAAGGCAUCACGCAGAGGAGGCUGCUCUGGAUGAAGAGGAGGAUGAGGAUGCUUGUGCAGAGGAAAAAAUCAGGCAGAGAUAUGCAGAUCUCCCGGGAGAAUUGCACAUCAUUGAGCUCGAGAAAGACAAGAAUGGGCUGGGGCUCAGCCUGGCUGGCAACAAGGACCGCUCCAGGAUGAGCAUCUUCGUGGUUGGGAUCAAUCCCGACGGCCCCGCAGGACGGGACGGGCGGAUGCACAUCGGGGAUGAACUCCUGGAGAUAAACAAUCAGAUAUUGUAUGGAAGAAGCCACCAGAAUGCUUCUGCAAUCAUUAAAACUGCCCCAUCAAAGGUCAAGCUGGUUUUCAUACGAAGUGAAGAUGCAGUCAACCAGAUGGCUGUCACUCCCUUCCCACUGCCUUCAGGCUCCCACUCUGCUAUUGAGGACCACGGUGGCACCGAACCUCCCAGUGGCGAGGAAGACCCGAGUUUGGAAGUUGUCAUGAAAAGUUUGACUGAUGAGGAAUCCAACAAAGCUGAUGUGAAAUGUAAAGCUGACACACCAGUGGUGGCAGAUCAGCAGGAGACAGAGGAGCAGCUCCCAGAAAAUGUCCUCAACCAGAUCAAACAGCCCAAAUCUUCCACGAAAGCCCCAGUGAGCUCCCAGGAGAUACCUCUGGAGCCAGCACCUCCUUACCUUUCUCCAGAAGCAGAAGUCACCAGCUGUGGUCUCUUCCCACCUCCACUGCCUGUGGAUCCAGCAACUUGUCCCAUAGUUCCAGGGCAGGAGAUGACCAUCGAGAUCUCCAAGGGUCGCUCAGGCCUCGGGCUCAGCAUUGUGGGGGGAAAAGACACUCCCCUGGAUGCCAUAGUGAUCCAUGAAGUUUAUGAAGAAGGAGCAGCAGCCCGAGAUGGCAGACUUUGGGCUGGAGAUCAGAUUCUAGAGGUGAACGGGAUCGAUCUGCGCAACGCCAGCCACGAGGAAGCCAUCACUGCGCUCCGGCAGACGCCCCAGAAGGUGCAGCUGGUGGUUUAUAGGAAUGAAGCACAUUACAAGGAUGAGGAAAACCUGGAGAUUUUCUCUGUAGAUAUCCAGAAGAAAACAGGCCGAGGACUGGGGCUCAGCAUAGCUGGGAAACGAAAUGGAAGUGGAGUGUUUAUCUCUGACAUUGUUAAAGGAGGAGCUGCAGACCUAGAUGGAAGAUUAAUUCAAGGAGAUCAGAUUUUGUCUGUAAAUGGGGAGGAUAUGAGAAAUGCCUCACAAGAGACUGUUGCCACUAUACUUAAGUGUGCUCAAGGCCUGGUGCAUCUUGAGCUUGGGAGAUUGCGAGCUGGGUCAUGGCUGUCAUCACGGAAAACAUCCCAAAACAGUCAGGCGAGCCAACAGAGCGUCCACAGCCACUUCCACCCCACGCUUGCUCCCGUCCUCUCCACCUUGCAGAACUUUGUCAGCACAAAAAGAUCCUCAGCAGACACAUCCCAGAGAAACUCAGUAGGAGCCGAUACGGGCCCAAGGACUGUGGAGAUAACGAGGGGCCCAAAUGAUGCACUGGGUGUCAGCAUAGCAGGAGGGAAGGGCAGUCCCUUGGGAGACAUUCCCAUCUUCAUCGCUAUGAUCCAGGCCAGCGGAGUGGCUGCUCGGACACAAAGGCUCAGAGUUGGAGAUCGGAUUGUCAGCAUUAAUGGGCAACCUUUGGAUGGGCUGUCUCAUGCAGAUGCAGUUAAUCUACUAAAGAAUGCUUAUGGGAGCAUUAUCCUGCAGGUGGUGGCUGACACCAACAUCAGUGCCAUUGCCAGCCAGCUGGAGAGCAUGUCCACGGGCUGCAGCCUGAACCCGCCCUCCGAGCAUCCCACCGAGGAUCCCGAAGCACCUCAACCUAAGAUUAUUACUUUGGAGAAAGGCUCUGAUGGACUGGGAUUUAGUAUUGUAGGGGGGUAUGGAAGUCCCCAUGGAGACCUGCCCAUUUAUGUCAAGACUAUAUUUGCCAAGGGCGCGGCGGCCGACGACGGACGGCUGAAGCGCGGGGACCAGAUCGUGGCCGUCAACGGGGAGGCCCUGGAAGGCGUCACCCACGAGCAGGCCGUGGCCAUCCUGAAGCGCCAGAGGGGGACGGUGACCCUGACAGUGCUGUCCUGAGGCAAACAGAGUUCUUUUAGGCCAUCUGUAGAGCUGUCAGACACUGCCCAGCCCCCUCAGAGCCUGGCAAACAUGGAUCAGCAUUCCCACAGAUGCCAGUGAGCAUCUCCAGCUUCGUUCAGCACCCCACGUUUUUUCGGCCUUUCUCCCCGCCCUCCACAACUUCUGGUGGCUUUGGAGGUUUCUCUGGACAAGUUUAAUUAAGGAACUUUAAAGGACAAGACUCGUUCAGCUUUAUUUAACACCUCGGUUUGUCUCCGCUGGUCUGAACCCUGGUUCUGACUGCUGAACCUGGAAUCAGUUCUCACACAAAAAAGAAUUCAGAUCAUCAACUGAUCUCAUCUGAGGAGCAGAAAUAAAUGCCGAGCGACUUGUCAUCUCA